GCCAACGUCAUCGAUCAGCACUCAUUCUUCCCUUUACAUUUGAGAGCUUCAUUACCACAGGCGCUGUUCUUCCUCUGUUAACACUUGGGUGUGACAUCUAUCAAUCUAUCCAAUCCAUCAUUUCUCACAAGGAGCACCAAGGUUUAAUCUGACAUUAAUUACAGCACCCAAGAAAAGAGAGAUUCCCUGGGAACAUCUCAGCAAGAGCAGCUACAUAAUAUAGUGUAUCUCUGGUCAGAAAGGACAAACAACGCUUCCUGAACCCCUGCCUGUGCUCUCCAUCAGCAGCCAAAAAUGGGGAAUGCCAAAAGCAGCGCUAUGUCCAAGGAGAUCCUGGAGGAUCUCAAACUCAACACCAAAUUCUCAGAGAACGAACUGUCACAGUGGUACGAGAACUUCCAGAAACAGUGUCCGUCUGGCCGUAUCACACCAGAAGAGUUUAAAAAGAUCUACGAGCGCUUUUUCCCAGACAGUGAUGCUGCAGCAUACGCCCAGCACGUCUUCCGCUCCUUUGACACGAAUGAUGAUGGAACGCUGGAUUUCAAGGAAUACAUUAUUGCUCUACACAUGACAUCAACUGGAAAGACGGAACGAAAGCUGGAGUGGGCCUUUUCACUUUUUGAUGUCGAUAAGAACGGCUACAUCACCAAGUCAGAAGUGGCUGAAAUCUGUCAGGCUAUCUUUAAGCUGAUCCCUAAAGAAGAGCAGGAAAAUCUUCCAGCAGAUGAGAACACUCCUGAGAAGAGAGCGGACAAACUGUGGUCGUUCUUCGAUAAAAAAGAUAAUGAGCGAUUGGCCGAGGGUGAGUUUAUUCAAGGCAUUCUUGACAAUGAAGGCGCGAUCCACCUUAUUCAGUAUGAGCCCCACAAAUAAUAAUAAAACCAGAACAAUAACUGUAUUUUUCCUGUCAUAUAAUUUCCUUUGGUCAAGUGUUUCCCCCCCUGAUUUCUUUUUUCCCCAUGUUGUUUGUUUUUAACUUUUAAUCUGGGCAUGUCUGUCCUGUUUCUUGUAUUAGUGCAACAUGAGUCAUUCUGUAAAUAUUUCAAAGCCCAUUAACCUCAAUAUGUUUUGAGUGAGUCCUGAUAGACAGAAUGAUGCUAGACUGAAGUAAUAGGAAACUGUCAAAUCUGGGAACAAAUGUUGAAAUGUGUGAAAUUCUGUAUGAAGACUUAAGAAGAGUUUCUGGCAGAUGAAAUGAUGAUACUGAAAGCAAAUAUUAUUUUUCUUUAUGAAUCAAAGUGAGAACAGGCUCAUUCAUGUUUUUCUUGUAAAAUGUAGUAAAAUACAGAUAUAUCAAUGAAGCCAAUAAAGCCACUAGACUGUGUGGAAAAAUAACAAAACAUAAUUUGAUCCAGACUUAUCGUCCAGCAUGUUAAUACAUCAACCUUUGCCAUUAACAGUAUGCAAAUCAGUUUUUUUGAUGUCAACUGCUGUGGAAUAAACCUGAAACUGUAAGAGCUA